UGACAUAUGUGUGUACUUCCGGAUUAAGAGGGACGUUGAGCUCCGUACGAUGAUGCAAGCAUAUUCCGACAAAGUUGGACAACAAAUGUCAGCUUUUAGGUUUCACUGCGAUGGAAUUAGGAUCAAACCCAAUCAAACUCCCAAUGAGCUUGAUCUUGAAGACGGAGAUGAAAUCGAUGCAUUUGUUGACCAAAUAGCAGGGUUCAGCCAUCGCCAUUAAGAGUAUCUUAACGAUAUAAAAAGUCAUUAGUGCGUUUACAAAAAGAUCAAUAUUGAAAUCUUGUUUAAUUAUUUUCACCUACUUUUUAAUAAGAUUUUAGUAUCCUUUUAUCGAUGUAACAAUGCAAAAGGUGAUUUAUGGAU